ACAAACGACGUCGUUUUAUAAACCUUAUUAUUAACUCAACGACGGUAGUAAAAAUAUAACUCGACGACGCCGUAUUAUUGAAAAUGCAGCGAGAGUCACCACCGAAGAAGCGUCGUCUCGGAGAAGAAGCUUCAGACAUUAUUCCGGCUACUGAUCUAUUCCUCCGAUGUGCCAACUUGAUUCUUCCAUGGCUAAACUCUCAAGAACUCGCUGCAGUCUCUCGAACCUGCAAAACCUUAUCCCUAGUUUCAAAAUCCCUAACCUCUCACCGAUCCCUUGACGCUGCACGAUCCUUCGAAAACAUCCCAAUCCCGUUUCGUAACUCCGUCGAUUCUCAUCCGUACGCUUAUUUCAUCUACACACCGUUUCAAAUCCCCGCUUCGUCUCCUCCGCCGCGUCAAUGGUGGGGAGCCGCUGCUGGAUGUGGAUCCGAGUCGACGAGGGCUUAUCUCGACUCGGUGAGUGAACGCCGACGGUUUGGGGUGAGUUUAGUGGACGAGUCAGGAGAGGGGAUGUGUGGAUGCCAAUGCGAGAGGUGCGAGGAAGGAUACUGCAAGUGCUUAGCGUUCGCGGGGAUGGAGGAGAUUGCUAACGAAUGUGGAUCGGGUUGUGGGUGCGGGUCGGAUUGUUCGAACCGGGUUACGCAAAAGGGGAUAUCAGUUGGUUUGAAGAUUGUAAGAGAUGAGAAGAAAGGUUGGUGCUUGUACGCGGAUCAGCUCAUUAAGCAAGGCCAAUUCAUCUGUGAAUAUGCAGGUGAGCUAUUAACAACAGAAGAAGCACGUAAACGUCAAAAUGUCUAUGACAAACUCAGGUCAACACAAUCCUUCGCUUCUGCACUUUUGGUCAUACGCGAGCACCUCCCUUCAGGACAAGCUUGUUUAAGAAUAAACAUCGACGCCACGAGAAUUGGGAACAUUGCCAGAUUCAUCAACCAUUCUUGUGAUGGCGGAAAUCUCUCCACCGUUCUGUUGAGAAGCUCGGGGGCUUUGCUUCCUCGGCUCUGUUUCUUUGCAGCAAGGGACAUAUAUGCAGAGGAAGAGUUAAGUUUCAGUUACGGAGAUGUCCGUGUCACGGGAGAGAACAGAGGCAACAAGUUAAAUUGCUGUUGUGGUAGUUCCUGCUGUUUUGGAACAUUGCCUUGUGAGAAUACCUGAUUUCAUUUCAUCAUCAUCACCUUGUAUACUAAUGUCUCAAUAAUACUCUUUACUAUUUGAAAAUUCUGUCUUUCGGAAGUAAUGAAAUCCUGGUUUGGUAUGA